GUAAAGUCUUUCUAUGAAUCAAAAGAGAAUAUGUCGUUUAAAACUGUGAAUGUAUAUAUCUUUUGUUAUAUUAUUAACCAAACAUUGAAAUGAGCUUUACAAGAAAACGCUGGUGUACAAGGAUUUUGCGAAUAUUUGUAGUUCUAACCAUUUGUUACUUCUGUUAUCACGCAUUGUUUAAAUGUAAUUGGACACCGUUUCCGGAACAAUUAGCGCGAAAUCAAACAUGGCAGCCAGUAAACCAAGCGAGGACCGCAUAUGUGUUUUCAGCAUAUUUGGACGACGAAAGGCAUGUAGUGAUUAUUAUUGGAGCUAUGACUAAAGAUCGUGUUCCAUAUAUAUGUCAGUUAUGGACCUUUGGCGAGGAUGGUGUAUCGCUCAAAAAGGACAUAAGUUACCCAAGAGCUCAUAUUCCUCCUGAACACCACGAUAAAAGGUAUGCAAUGACCUUAUUUGAAUGUCCGUACAGAUCGGCCAAAUAUCCCGCGUACGUGUCUUUGAUUUCAAAUUCGUGUGAAACGCCAUUAAAUCUCAUACACAUCGAAGAAACAAAAGUGUCUAGAGAUUAUAAAAUGACUUUUACUGUUUGUCUUUCACCACUGAACUUUCAUUACAGAAGAGCUUAUGAACUAGUUGAGUGGAUAGAACUGAAUAGAAUUUUGGGCGCUGAAAAGUUCAUUAUUUAUAAUCAUAGUUCUGCAUCAAAUGUUAAAGAUGUUCUUGAAUAUUACUCAAAACAAGGAUACGUUGAGGUAAUACAAUGGCAGUUACCAAUUCCAGUUGACAUAUUUCCUGUUUCCAAAACUCAAGCCGAAAUUCACUAUUUUGGACAAGUAGCUGCCCUUAAUGAUUGUCUGUAUAGGAGUAAACGCCAUUCUGAAUUCAUCGUUAACAUAGAUUUAGACGAAAUAAUUGUUCCACAUAGUAACACUUCUGUUAAUUGGCAAACCAUGAUCAAUGAAAUUGCCAUUGAAAAUGCAAAGGUAUUUGUUUUCAAAAAUACGCAUUUUAGGAAAGAUUGGCGAAACUAUGAAUAUUCUGAAAACAAAUUCAGGACAAAUAUAAUACAAAAAGCUAAACAAUUUAAGUUAACAACAUUACAAACAUACAGACGUGAGAGAAACAUCGACAUCAAAGGGGUUAGAUCAAAAUAUAUCGUUCGUACAAAUGGUAUACAUUAUCUGAUGGUACAUUUUGUCUUGGAUUUACCAUCGGCAGUGGAUGUAACGGUUUCAGAAGACAUUGGUCUUUUACACCACUACAAGAACUUUGGACAUUAUAUAGAGCAGAACAAUAGUAAAACGGACUAUACAGUUCUAGAUAAGUAUGGAGAAGUACUUAUUCAGAAUGUUGAGCGAGUCUGGAACGAAUUAUCGGAUGUUAAUAUGGUCGUGUAGAUAGACCAGAAAUGUAGAUAACAGAGACAAGCAGCUCCUAUAUACUCCUUUGAAAUAUCACUCAUGCCUAACAAAAAAGUGAAAAAAUAGGCAUUUUGUAGCAAAUAAAACUUAAUGGAUGUAUAUUUGAUCCUUUUAUAUAAUACACCAUUUGAAAGUUAAAUCCUUUAUCUGUUGCUGCAUGUUAAAAUAUUGGUAACUUUCUAUGCCUUUCACUUAGAAAAACAUAGUAGAACAUAACCACUGAGCCAGUUUUUCGUCAUAUGAAUAGUUUUGUAACAAAAAUUAAUGAAUAGUUCUCUUUAAAAAUUGAUGUUUCAUUUAUUUAAAUGGGAACUGUAAAUGUUUUUACCUGCAGCCAUAGACAAAUGCAUAAGCUUUCAGAAAAUGUAUUAUUUUACUGACUUUGAUAUCUAAUUCGUAAGUUUUAUUUGCUACAAGUUUUAAGUUUAGCAAGCAUGCAUGCAUGCUAUCUGAACUGGCUAGGAAGUUGCCUAUCUAUGUCUCUGGAUAGACUUAAGAAAACAAAGCCUACAGUUUACGAAAUUAUUACAUGAAUUUCUAAAACAGUAUUCUUUAAUAAUACCUAUAUGAAAGAUAUAUGUUUGAUAUAGUUUCUAAAGAGUUGAUUUCUUGUAUGGGGAUGGGGAUUACGUUGCACCAGCACUGUAAUUGUCACAUGGCGACUUUUCAUAUAUCCGUAUAUUAUUUUAUACAUGUACACGAAUUUGCACUCCAUCUAUAUAUUUUUCUACAGAAGAAUACUAAAAACCCAUGAUGCAUUUCUUAUUAAUAUUCACAUUAGGGCAAGCUUUUAAGUUAUUUCAAUAUCCUUAUUAACCAUUGUUUAACGUAAAUAAAGAAUUUCAAUGUAUACAUUAUGAU